UUUGCAAGUAGCACGCUUGCUUUUUUUUUGUAGAGGAGACACGUGUUGUGGGGUGUUUUUGCAGUUUUUCCGUGCAAAAUAAACAAUUAAAAACAACAAAUAAUCAAAAAUGGGACGACCAGGUUUUUCACCAGGAAAUAGGGGAGGCGGAGAUAGGGGUGGUUUUGGAGGUGGUCGUGGUAGAGGACGUGGAGGCGGCGAUCGUGGAGGAGGCUUUGGAGGUGGUAGAGGCCGUGGAGGCUUUGGAGAUAGAGGAGGGGGCCGUGGAGGUUUCGGAGACAGGGGAGGCAGAGGUCGCGGUGGUUUUGGCGGUAGAGGCGGUGGCCGUGGAGGUGGACGAGGAGGCGGUCGCGGAGGCGGAGCUGGCGGUUUCAAAGGCGGCAAAACCGUUGUAAUCGAACCUCAUCGUCAUGAAGGUGUUUUCAUCGCUAGAGGCAAAGAAGACGCGCUAGUUACCCUAAACUUUGUACCCGGCUCAGAAGUUUACGGUGAAAAACGUAUUUCGGUUGAAAACGAAGGCCAAAAAACUGAAUACAGAGUUUGGAAUCCUUUUAGAAGCAAAUUGGCAGCUGCAAUUUUGGGUGGAGUUGAUCACAUUUACAUGCCUCCUGGUAGUAAAGUUUUGUAUUUGGGUGCCGCUUCUGGUACUACAGUAUCACACGUGUCUGACAUAGUAGGUCCUGAAGGGUUGGUUUAUGCAGUAGAGUUUUCUCAUAGAUCGGGCAGAGACUUGAUAAAUGUUGCCAAAAAACGCACAAACAUCAUUCCCAUUAUUGAAGAUGCCAGACAUCCUCACAAAUAUAGAAUGCUUAUAGGAAUGGUUGAUACUGUUUUUGCUGAUGUUGCUCAACCUGACCAGGCCAGAAUAGUUGCAUUGAAUUCGCAAUAUUUCCUUAAAAAUGGGGGACAUUUUGUUAUUUCUAUUAAGGCUAGUUGUAUAGACUCGACGGCUCAACCUGAAGCCGUGUUUGCUUCUGAAGUUAAAAAGUUGCAAGCGGAUAAAUUGAAACCUCAAGAACAAAUUACGUUGGAACCGUAUGAGAGGGAUCAUGCUGUUGUUGUGGGUGUUUUUAGACCGGAACCUAAAAAUGCUUAGAAAUAGGUUUAAGAUUUUUUUAUAUCCAUUAUGGUGGUAUUAAGACAGAAUUAUAUAAAUUUAGUGUGUUUUAGUUUUUAUUGUUUUCCUCCUCUAGGUGGGAUAAUUGCAAUUACAAUACAAUUUUUUUUCAUAAACAUUUUAAUUUUUCUAUUGGCUAAUUUUACAAUAAAACGAUAUGUACUGUUGUUGGAAUCGAAACACUUUUUUUUUUUAAAUGUACAAGACAUCAAACUACAUCCUAAUAAUUUUAACUAUAUUGUUAUUAUUAAUAUGGAAGACUGACCAUGGCAUUUGCCAAAAAUUCUUAUGAAAAUUACCAUUGACAAAGAAAUUUUCUUUUCAAAUUGACAUUUUUUAAACAGGAUAUUUUCAUAAUUAAUUUUUGUUUCCUUAGCUAUUAUUAAUGAUUAUAUAAUUUUUCUUAUUUACAAUUUAUUGUUUUAAAGGCCAGUUUCUUUCUCGGCCUAAAUCAAAUUAUGAUAGCAACUCCUAUAUCCUAUGCACAAUCUGUAGUUCAAAGGUAAAGGUAAAUUUAUCACCUUUUCUUAUCAAAUAACACUGAAGGUGAUAAUUUUUACCUUUACCUUUGGAGAUUGCAUUGUGAAUAGAUAAUACAAAGCACCAAUAAUGGAGUUUUUAUGUGGAUAUUAGGAACCACAUUUUGAAAUAUUGAAAAGUGUGCAAAUAGAAUAUUGAAAAUUGUGCCUUUAUAAAUGUUAAAAUUGUAUCCCUUGACAGAGGAAAAUAUUUACACUGUUAAGCAGCAGCAAACACCUUGACACAUUUAUUGUAUUUGAUACUGAUAUUUGUUUCAGUCGUUUACAAAAAUAUUGUUUUACAAAAAAAAAACAUAUUGCUGAUUUACUCCAUAGUAUUGUACUGAACGUUUUUCACUUUCAAAUACCUAAACACCCCAUAACCUGUUACAGUAGCUAGGGCAGCUACUGCUAAAGUAGAACCAACAGCUAUUGGAGCUGUUUCACUCCU